UUCAUGUGAAUAUUUUUCAGACAACUUGAACAGCAUUUCCUUCCGUAAUCGUAACUUUAUAAAGAAAAAUCUCAGAGCUUAAAAACCUAGAAAGGAAGAGAAAACUCAAACUGUACAUCAUCAUCAUCACCUUCAAAUCUCCACGUAAAGUGAUUUUAUCCUAUUUAUUAACGUAAAGUGCUUUUGCAACCCCUUUUAUAUCAAAUUCAAAUCCAAUUCUAAAUGUUCCCGAUCUCAUAAGCCAAAACCCAGAUCUUCUUCAAAAAUUUCGGUAAAAAUGGCAUCGGAAUUAACAUACAGAAGACAUGAAUCACAAGCACAAUCAGAUACUUAUUUACCAAAACCCCCAAAACCAUUUUUACCAGUAACCAGAGCUAUUCGUUACAUGCUACGGGAACAAAGACUCUUAUUUGUACUACUCGGAAUCGCCAUCGCCACAGUAAUCUUUGUCCUAAUCCCUUCCUCAUCCUCAUCAAGACAGUUUACAGGAAGUUAUGAUUCGAUUCCGGCACAAUACUUUCCGAAUUCUGAUUCUUCAACUCGUCUAUCGGAGAAAUUUGUUUACGAGCAAAGAUCUGUAAAUUCAGGUGGGAAAAUUCCGUUAGGUUUGAGAAGGAAAGGGUUGAGGAUUGUUGUUACUGGGGGUGCUGGAUUUGUUGGUAGUCAUCUAGUUGAUAGAUUGAUGGAAAGGGGAGAUAGUGUUAUCGUUGUUGAUAAUUUCUUUACAGGGAGGAAAGAAAAUGUUAUGCAUCAUUUUGGUAAUCCUAGAUUUGAAAUGAUUAGACAUGAUGUUGUUGAACCAUUGUUGUUGGAAGUUGAUCAGAUCUAUCAUUUAGCUUGUCCUGCUUCUCCUGUUCAUUACAAAUUCAAUCCUGUCAAGACUAUCAAGACAAAUGUAGUUGGAACACUGAAUAUGCUGGGGUUAGCUAAAAGAGUUGGUGCUAGAUUUUUGUUGACUAGUACCAGUGAAGUUUAUGGUGAUCCUCUACAACAUCCUCAAGUUGAAACUUACUGGGGAAAUGUCAAUCCAAUUGGUGUAAGGAGUUGUUAUGAUGAAGGAAAAAGGACUGCAGAAACUUUGGCAAUGGAUUACCACAGAGGUGCUGGCGUUGAGGUGAGAAUUGCUAGGAUCUUCAACACAUAUGGACCACGAAUGUGUAUCGAUGACGGUCGAGUUGUCAGUAAUUUUGUUGCUCAGGCACUAAGAAAAGAGCCAUUGACAGUGUAUGGUGAUGGAAAGCAAACAAGGAGUUUCCAAUACGUUUCUGAUCUGGUGGAGGGUUUGAUGAGGUUAAUGGAAGGAGAACAUGUUGGUCCAUUCAAUCUCGGUAACCCUGGUGAAUUCACCAUGCUUGAACUUGCUCAGGUAGUACAGGAGACUAUAGACCCUAAUGCAAAGAUCGAGUUCAGGGCCAACACAGAGGAUGACCCACACAAGAGGAAGCCAGACAUCACCAAGGCCAAGGAGCAACUUGGCUGGGAGCCUAAGGUAGCACUACGCAAAGGGUUGCCUCUCAUGGUCACUGACUUCCGUCAGCGUAUCUUUGGAGACCACAAAGAAGGAAGCAGCAGCACCAGUGGUGUUGUCUCUAAUUCCUAAACAAUCAUUAUUCACAUCUUUAAAGGCGCCAGGAGGCAUUGUGAUAAGACUCCAUUCUAUUAAAAACAGGAGAAGAAAGAAAAAGAUUAGAAGCUUCAUAGGUCAUAUUUCUUUCAAUUUCAGUAUUUGUUGUAUCUUCGGUUGUGUCAGUACUUUACCAUAAUUUUUGUCUUUCAUUAAUAGGUUAUCUUCGUGUACUGUGUUUUAUGAGUAACACAGGUUCAUCUUUUGUUGAUGUUAACUUUUUUUAAAGCAAUUCUUGGAUGUGUUGCUAGUUGUCUGGUUCUUAGUUCACAACUUUAAAGGCAGUCUCAGAUAUACUAGUGUUCUUUCUGUUC